GUACGUCCUCCAGCUGAAGAGGCGUAGCUCGUCGGUUUCUGCUCAUUGUGCGAGAGAAAUUUCCGCUUCCUGCACCGACAAACACCCCCAACCAGCACGAAGUUGGGAUAGCGAGAGGACACACAGACAGACGCGGGGACUCGCCGCCUGCCUUCGGGUUUAAACCCCCCCCCGACGACCGCAAUGUUUACCCUCUCGGGCGGCAAGAAGCUCCAAACGGCUCAACUUUCCGUUUAACGUUAGGAGCCGUUUUACGCGUUUGCACCACCCGGAGAAAAAUAAGCCAAAGAAAGGAGGAGGACUCAAAAAAAGGAGCAACACACACACGGAGAAGCCAGGCUACUACGGGUAUUCCUCCUCUCAGCUCCGCCUGAAAGCCCGUGUUCAGCCUCCAGGAUGUCGGAGCGAGGAGGGCUCCCGCGGACUGGGGGUGUCCCUUCGCCGCACAUGCAGCCCUCCAAGCCGGUCAGCAUCACCUCCAACCGGCCGGUCCACAUGAACCUGUACGCUACCUGGGAGGUGGACCGCUCCUCGCCCAGCUGUGUGCCGAGGCUGUUCAACCUGACUCUGAAGAAGCUGAUCAUGCUGAAGGAGCUGGAUAAAGACCUCACCUCCGUGGUCAUCGCAGUCAAGCUGCAGGGCUCCAAGCGAAUCCUGCGCUCCAACGAGAUCCUGCUGUCCUCAGCGGGACUGACAGAGACCGACCUGCAGCUCACCUUCUCCCUGCAGUACCCACACUUCCUGAAGAGGGACGCCAACAAGCUUCAGAUCAUGCUGCAGCGGCGAAAGCGGUACAAGAACCGGACCAUCCUGGGCUACAAGACUCUGGCACUGGGACUCAUCAACAUGGCCGAGGUGAUGCAGCACCCAAGCGAGGGCGCUCAGGUCCUGGGGCUCCACAGCCAGCUGAAGGACGCCUCGGUGCCCGUCGCGGAGAUCAGAGUCUACUCCCUGUCCAGCCAGCCCAUCGACCACGAGGGACCCAAAGUAAAGAUGUCUGAUCGCUCUCCAGACAUCGACAACUACUCCGAAGAGGAGGAAGAGAGCUACUCCUCAGAACAGGAAGGCAGCGAUGACCCCAUUCAUGGACAGUAUCUAUAUGACGAAGAAGAGGAAGUGAGGAAGAAGAAGCCGAGGCGCAAGCUCCCUUCCAAUGCCGCCAUCACCAGACAACCCAACAUCAAGCAGAAGUUUGUGGCCUUGCUGAAGAGGUUUAAAGUCACAGAUGAGGUUGGUUUCGGCCUGGAGCACGUGUCCAGGGAGCAGAUCCAGGAGGUGGAGGAGGACCUGGACGAGCUCUACGACAGUCUGGAGAUGUACAACCCGAGCGACAGCGGGCCGGAGAUGGAAGAGACCGACAGCAUCCUUAGCACACCCAAACCUAAACUAAGGCCGUUCUUUGAGGGAAUGUCCCAGUCCAGCUCUCAGACGGAGAUCGGCAGCCUGAACAGCAAAGGCAGCUUGGGCCGAGACACUUUCAGCCCGCAGGGGGAACAGCCUCCUCUAGAGAGGAUGAAACUCUCACGCAGCCGCAACCUGGAGGAGGCCCUGUCUGAGACCGACACACUGGAGCUCACAGAUCAGGAGCUGUUUGCUGAGGUGGGCCCCUGCAUCAUGGUGUCAGUGGCAGAGAAACAACCCCGCACACCUCUAAAGAGCAGCAAAAGCGAAACCCAGGCCAUGCCAUCGCCAAGGUUGGACGGAGGCCACACGCCCAGACAGAAGCGCAUCAGCACCCCCAUGAAAGAGAGACAGCUGUCCAAACCUUUGAGCGAACGCACCAACAGCUCCGACUCGGAGAGAUCCCCAGAGCUGGGACACAGCACGCCGCUCCUGAGGAAGGCAGUGUACGACCAGCUGAACCAGAUUUUGUUGUCGGACUCUGCGCUCCCAGAGAGUCUAAUCUUAGUCAACGGCACAGACUGGCAGGGGCAGUAUGUUGCGGAGCAGCUCCAGGUACAGAGACACCCGGUGGUCUGCACGUGUUCGUCGGCUGAAAUCCAGGCGGUGCUGUCGGCUGUGCUCACUCGCAUCCAGAAAUUCUGUAACUGUAACUCGUCCAUGCCCAGAGCGGUGAAGGUGGCGGCGGUUGGCAGCCAGAGUUACCUGGGAGCCAUCCUGCAGUUCUUCGUCACUCAGCUCGCCAACAAGACGUCCGACUGGCUCAACCACAUGCGCUUCCUAGUGGUGCCUCUGGGCUCCCACCCAGUUGCCAAGCACCUCGGCGCCCUUGACAACCGCUACAGCUCCUCCUUCCUUGAUGGCGCAUGGAGAGACGUGUUCAGCCGCUCUGAGCCGCCACAGACAGAUCAACUAGAUGUGGCGGCGAGAAUCUCCCAGUACAUCAGCGGAGCCACAGUCACACACCAGCUGCCCAUCGCUGAGGCGAUGCUGACCUGCAAACACAGGACGCGAGAUGAAGACUCUUACCAGAAGUUCAUCCCUUUUAUAGGGGUAGUGAAGGUCGGUCUUAUCGAGUCUGGUCCUUCUCCAACAGACGCAGAAGAAGGCGUGGCAGUGAGCUUGGCCGUCCCCUCCACAUCUCCGCCCUCCCACGGCUCGCCCACGGGGAUGAUUAAAGAGGCAGCCACGCCUCCCUCGUCCCCCUCCAUGGGCAGCGUCCUGACAGUGCAAGGGAGUCCCAGUAUGUCCCACGGCGUGGACGCCAUCGGCCUGCAGGUCGACUACUGGCUGGCUUCUCUGGCUGAGAAGCGGCGGGAGGGCGAGCGACGUGACACGGGCUGCAAAAACACGCUGAAGAGCGCCUUCCGCUCGCUGCAGGUCAGCAGGCUACCAGGCGGGGGCAGCAGCGACCCGCAGGCGCAGGUCAGCACCAUGGCCAUGACCGUGGUCACCAAGGAGAAGAACAAGAAAGUUCCCACCAUCUUCCUGGGAAAGAAGCCAAAAGAGAAGGAUGUCGACUCCAAAAGUCAGGUCAUUGAAGGCAUCAGCCGCCUCAUCUGCUCUGCCAAGCAGCAACAGACCAUCCUGAAAGUGUCCAUAGACGGCGUGGAGUGGAACGACGUCAAGUUCUUCCAGCUGGCCGCCCAGUGGCCCACUCACGUCAAAUACCUGCCUGUCGGACUUUUCGGCUACAGCAAGCCCCCCUCCUAGGGGUCAGCACCAGCCUCUGACCCUGACUUGACCUUCGACUUUCCUCGAUCCUGAAACACCUUUGCUCAAAGACCCCGCCUCACAGCACGUGCAGAUCUGAGAGAAGACGUAAAGUGGCUGGACUCUUUUCUUUCUUCGGUUUCGUUUUGGCUGCAGUCGUCUUAUUGCUCUUUGGAGAGGAAGAGGAGGAGGAGGAUGGUGUUGGGGUGCAGCGUUUUUACUAGUCACUUUAAUGCCCCUUUUUUGUGUGUGUUUGUGUGUGUGGCGAGACUGCAUGCACACGUGAAUGUACAGUAUGUGUGUGUAUGUGUGUGUGUGUGUGUGUGUGUGUGUGUGUGUGUUUACAAGGGGCUCACAGCACAAGUUUAUUAGCUAACUGCCAUUUACGUUUCCGUUCUAUGGAAUGCAAUAGCAUGCAACAACUCGCCGAUUUCAAGCCCUUAAAGUCUGACCCUCGACUUUCAACCCCUUUAAGGUCCCACUCACCUCAUCACCUGAUCCACACGUGCAUGCUCCGAACUAACAGACACACCACUCAUGUGCCGGAAAACAGUAACUCAAAAUAAAAAGAAGCAACAGGGCUUCAGUGUUUGCAUGAGCCAGUGAAAACACAAAGAAAAGACUCCUCUGCUCACAAAAUGCAGUCAAAUUAAAGGCUUGCAUGUGAUGAAUUUCCUCAUACAUCAACAGAUGUCCUUCAAAACAGGCCCAUUAUUUAUACAUAUUUUAUUUCAUGGGCUUCCAUAUAAUUUAAAAUAUUUUUUUCUGUACCACAAUAAGUCAUUUGGAUGUCUAAUGCCAAACGUUUCCUUUCAGAAAACAAUCAAAAAAUAAUAUAUAUAAAGGGGAAUUGUCUUUUUUUAAAUUGUGCUCUAGUGAAAAAUAGUAAAAAAAAACUUCCCUUUAAUGCUGUUUUUGUGAUGCAUAGUGUACGUUUUUGUGAAGCGUUCCAGGAUUUCAGGGCAGGGGUUACUGUAACGUGCAGUUAUCUUUAUCUUCUUAUUUGCUAUGCACUUACAAAGACACAUCUGGGUGUUUACAGCUGGUUAAAAAAAAUAGAUAAACACAAUCAAAUAUGCAACCAGGAACUAAAAACAAACAAAUGAAUAUUUAAACAGUCCAAAACUCAGAAGCGAUGAUGGGAAUAUGAUGGAUAAAGUCUGCUUUUCCAGUAAUAUCCACAGCGCAAAAAUGGGAGUUAAACACCUGUAAUAAAGCACAAUGUUGUUUGCCGGUUGUCCCCAAAAUAACCUUUUCUUUAUCGGUAAUGGACUGGCAGCUUUCUCUUUAGUGAAAAAAAGCAGACCUGGCAAAAAAUUUUAAAAAAUCAAAAUUUUCAAGCUUUUCCAUUUCUCUUCA